GCUGUGUUUGUGGUAACAAAACGGGGCUGGAGGUGCAGGGAGUGCCUCUAUAAGAUUGAGUUGGAAGUGUGUCUGCAUUAGCAAAGACAAGAAGCAGCUGUAAAACACAGAGACGAGUCAUUUAUGUAACCCAUGAUGGGUUAUAGAAAGGUGUGGCUGUUACUGCUGCUCAGCAGCUAUGCACUGGCACAAGGAGGCAGUAAACAAGAAUGUCUGUUGGCAUCCAGGUUCAAGGCCUACAAGAAAUAUGUGUACCAAUAUACAACUGAGAGCAGAAAUACUGCAGGCGACACCCCCGCCCUGAUCAACGGCCCCAAAAUCUCCUGUCAGGUGGAGAUCGAAGUCCCUCAAGCCUGCAGAUUUGUCCUGCAGACCAGGGACUGUGCACUGAGUGAGAUCUCUGGUUCAGAUCCAGAGGGCCAGCCGGUUUACAGACCGUCUCCUAACUCUGAGGCCUUCAACACGGCCAUGGGAAAAAACCCCCUGAAAUUCACGGCACAGGAUGCGACCCACAUCCAUCUUUACCCUGAGAGAGAGGAACAAGUCAACAUUCUUAACUUUAAAAGAGGAAUUAUUUCGGCACUUGUGGUCCCAGAAAUAGAGGGAGUGCAAAACAGCCCAGUGAGCACGGUGCAUGGUCUGUGUUUAACAGAUAUUAUAGUAAAUGUGGUGAAGGACAUCCCCACAGAUGUGACACUGUCUCGAGAGCUGUCUCAUUGUGAUCAACACCACACCAGGGAACUGGCCCACAGUCCACUGGCUCUGCUGCAGAAACUGCAUCUUCCACUAUCAAAGCUAAUCAGAAGCGCUCAAGACUGCAACUACCAGUUUGAUAACAAGGGGAAGCACAUCACGACAGUCAUGUGCACAGAGAAACACAUGCAUCUGCCCUUCGCCUCUGAGGAGAAUGGAACUUCAUCCGUAGUGACACAGAAACUGAACUACCAAAGCUCCAAAAAGAUUAACAACAGAGAAUUUGCUGUAAAUCCGAGUGAGAGCAGGCCACUGUAUUUCGAGGACCCUGACGAUAAAGCCUCCAUGCAGACGAAGGACACUGUUCUCAGCACUCUGCAGGAGCUUCAGGAUCUGUCCGACACAGACCAGGGUCAGAAAAGACCAGGCCUUUUUCACAAGCUGGUUUCCAGCCUCCGUGUUCUGAAGAAUGAGACCCUGAGUCAGCUGGUCGACGAAAUGCUUGACAGGUCAACUUGGCUGACCUGGCAGGGCCUGGUCCAGUGUGGAACUUUGGAAUGCACUAGUGCCAUCCUUCAGGCUGCUAGAACCAUUGACGGGAUGUCAGUGGAAGUAGAUGCUCUGGUCUACUGGCUGAGUCUGCAGGCCAACCCUAACAAGGCCCAUGUCAGAGAUAUGCUCAGUAUGGCUCAGUAUAAACAGAGCAAGGCCAUCAUGUACGCUCUGGCCAACACAGUGAAGAAGUUUCAUAAAGGCGGAGUCACAGCAGAGGUCACAGAAGUGUCAGCGUUCAUGGAGACACUCUUGGAUGACUGCUCAGGAGAAGAUCCAGAGUCUGACUUCCUUGUGCUGCGGGUGGUCGGUGUCAUGGGUCAGGCCAUGCAAGCUGUUAGUCCGAGUUUGAUUUCCUCUGUUUUAAAUUGUGCUAAAAGAAGAGACAUUCCAUUGUCCAACCAAAAGGCAGCCAUACAGGCCCUGAGGCUAAUGGACAUUAGGGAUGAGAUGGUCAGGGUUCUCACAGAGGUGUUCCAGGACGACCAGAACUCUGUGGAGAGACGUAUAGCAGCGUAUCUAACCUUAAUGAAGAGCCCACCUCUAGCCCUGGUUAAAGACAUUCUGCAUAUUUUGAAUUAUGUGAGGAAUGAACAGAUCAGGAACUUUGUGUUUUCUCACCUCAAGAACAUUCUUGGCUCUCAGGAGCCAGAAUUGCAACAACUGAAAGAAUACAUUCAGUCGGCUCUUCCACCCCGACAUGAAGUACAGGAAGGCAUGUCACGCAACUACAAAACAGAGUCUGCUUUUGGCUCAGUGCAAGCAAACAUCAUCUUUGACGAAAGGAACACACUACCGAAGGAGGUGAUGCUGGAAACCACGCUAAAGGCUUUUGGCUACAGCCACGAUGUCUUUGAAGUUAACGUUGAAGGAUCCGGAUUUGAACCAACCAUUGAAGCUCUUUUUGGAGAGAAGGGUUUCUUUCCGGACUCCUUUUCAAGAAUUAUGUACUGGGCAGAGAACAAUGCUGGGAUGCUUAAAGAUGUUUUGGAAAAGAUGGCUCCUGGGAAAGGGAGAAUGAAAAGACAGCCCCCGCAGGAUCUUCUGAAAGACAUCACAAACAAUAUCCAGAAGCUUGUGGAUGACCUGCGAACAUCGGAAACCCCCGAGGCAGUAGCCUUUCUUCACCUUCUAGGAAAUGAGAUUGGUUACAUGAAAACCAGUGAAAUACGCACAGUCUUGGAGACUCUGACAAUGUAUUACCAAAUUUUCUUCAAUGUUUUACCCUACAAGAUUAUAAUGUCAUUAAUUAACAGCACCAACAACAAGGUGUUUGCCCAUUACAUCUUCAUGGAGAAUAUUUUCUCCCUCCCUACCGCCUCUGGCCUCCCACUAAGGUUCUCAGUGGCCGGUGUGAUUACAGCUGGAGCCAAAGGAGGCCUCGCCCAUUCACCCAGUACUGGAACGACUCACGUUUCCUUCAUGCCAUCGGUUGGACUUGAAUUUAUCACCCAAAUGGGCGUGAACGUUCCAGAAUACCUGGAGACAGGGCUUGUGAUGCAGACCAACGUGUACCAUGAGAGUAACAACAAUGCUCAAGUCACCAUGAACAGGAACCAGAUUAGACUGUCUCUACCAGCCCCUAAAGGAAAUAUUCAGCUGUUCAGUUUCAGCAACAAGUUGCUGUCAGUGUCCUCUGGGCGAACGACCACAGCACCUUCACAGGGAGAGGACAGAACUGAUUUGACAGAGUGCCAGGAUUUAUUUAGUGGUCUCAAACUGUGCACCGUCCUGCAACAUUCUAAUGCCAUGUCCAUGGACAAGGCCCUUUAUUAUCCUCCGACUGGAGAGACGAGGUUUGCAGUAGAAAUCCAGCCUACAGGGGAAAUUACAGAGUACACUGCCACCAUUGAACCACUGAAGGAGGGUAAAAAAGGUCUACGAACAACAGACUCUUUAAGGCUAACCUUGAAAGCAGAAGGUGACGACUCAACAGAGGUCACCGCCACUCUGAAAUACAACCGCAAUAAGGACAUUUUGACCGCGGAUGUCGCUAUUCCUGACUAUGAUGUGGAAGCAGGAAUCAAACUGGCCGUAACUGACAGCGACUCCAAAGGGAAGAAGAUGCGAGGUAUUACCAUCGAUGUCACUAACAAGAACAUUCCACAGCUGAGUCUUGUUGGAAGGACAAGGCUUAGCAUGAUGAAGGACGCCAUGUUACAACUGCAGAUGAAUAUCCCCUCACUGAAUUCCAAGGCAUCUGUCACUGCAACCCUGAAGGACGACGAGGAAGCACUGAUGGAAGUUGAGACUGUCGUCUCACUGCCAAAGACGUCCUUUCAGCAGAAAAGUCUUCUCAGACAUGACGCUGACAAGUUUGAGGUGGAGCUGACAUCGGACCUGAACUCAGAUAUUCACAAACUAAUCCCAGGUCUGGAGGAUUAUAAUGAGCAGCUGCAGAGACUUUUUGAUGAUGUUCUGGACCAAAGAGUACCAAAGACCGACAUGAAACUCCGUCACAUAAUCAACAAAGGGAUUGAGGCAGGAAAUAUAUGGCUGGACAAAUUUGGAGCCCACGUCCCAUAUCUUGGAAACCUGCGCAGUAGAAGAAGCAUCUUAGAGUUUUCUCUGCCGUCUGUACCUGAGAAACUGUUUCUGCAGUCUGACAGCCUGUUUCGAUACCAGUUCAACAAAGAAAGGAUGGCUAUCUCACUUCCUCUUCCACUUGGAGGGAAAAAUGUGAAUGACCUCAACAUCCCAACCACUCUGUCUAUUCCCAGCAUAGAUUUGAACAGAUUAGGCAUCAGUAUUCCUCCCAAAACAUAUUCAUUGCCACCAUUUACUAUUCCAACUACUUUGGAUUUUUCCAUACCUCUUCUUGGUCUGGCAGAAGCAUCCACCAAGAUCAACACCAAUUACUACCUUUGGGAAGGAUCCUUCUUGGGCGGCAACAACACUGUCGAUGUCCCCAACUACAUUGUACAGUACAAAGCCCUGGCUCAGUCACCUCUAAAGCUAUUGUCAUACAAGCUGGAAGGAACUGGAUUGAUUUCUGGGAGAGCUGAGGACAAUCUGAAGUAUCUCCUCAAUACUUCCUUCAGUCAUUGCUUUAUUGAUACAAGCUUCAGUAUCGUAGAAUCACUGCAGGUAACAAGCAAAUUUAAUGCAAGGGCCAGCUAUAAAGUGGAAGUUUCUAGUCCAGUGGGUCUGGAGGCCUUUGUAUUUUACUCGGCUCAGUCAACCUCCACUCUGAAUUCAGAUGAGGUUUCAGGAGAUGGUUCCUUAGACGGACUGCUGAGAGUUGGUCCACUACACUCCAAUGUGUCCUACAGCAACAAUUACAACCUUCGACCACUAGAAAGAAAAGGAAAGGGAGAGUCUACCUUUGUCUUUGAUUCACCUCUCAUCAGUCUUCAGAACAGGAUCCACGGUGUCUACGCAAACUCCGAGUUGAACGUGGUGUCUAAGACUAAUGUCCAGAGGGACGUCCUGAAGCACGUGGCAGAGCUCAAAUACAAAGACGCUCAACUCACUCUAAAAUGCAAUGCCCUCGGAACGGUCCUGGGUAAAAUACUUAACAACAAAGUGGAGCUCGGGGUGUCCAGCAAAAUGGGCAUUUUCCGCAUUGAGUCACAGGCAAACGAUGACACGAAUAGAGCGUACUCAAUGCUGUCUGGAUCCUUAGAUGUCAACGGUCUGCAGCUGAACUCUGAAGGUUCUCUCAUCCUUGAAACAGGGCGUGGAAUGCACAAAGCUUCUGUUAUGCUUGGUAAAAAUGGUUUGACCACGAGUGGAACUAACAGCUUUCAGUGCAGCCCUGUGACAUUAGAGAACCUCUUUAAUGGAGCCAUAGACAACAAUGGAGCCAACCUGUCCUCCAGGACCAAAGUGAUAGCUGACGAAGGCAGGGGAGAGCUAAACAUUCAGGGCAAAGUCACAAGUGCAGACGCCUCUUUUGAAGGUAUACUUAAAGGUCAUGCUUAUGGGGCAACCACCAGAAACAACCUGAAUGUUUUAUUAAACCGUCGGGCAUUGACCAUAAAUGGUAAUUCCAUGGCUACACUGAAGCAACUGAGAACAGAAAAUAGCUACACAAUGACCCUCACUCUGUGGACCCUAGCCCUGGGCUCAAGCACUAACAACGUCAUCUGUGAAGACAUUUACUACAAGCAAGAUACUAAAGUUACCAUCAGGCCAUUUAUCAUGUCCUUUGAUGUAAUGAAUGACCUUAAACUUAACGAUGUCGACUUGAAAAAUGAGGGCCAUCUGAAGGUUCAACCAAAUAAGGUAGGUCUGAGCGGAAGUACGAGGGGAGUGUUUAAAGAAGAGCAUUACCUUAAGCAUACCUAUGAGGUCAGUUACGAAGAUAUGGCCGGAACAGUUCAGUGCAGCACAUCUGGAACUGUCAUGGAUGCUCAGAUAAGCCAGAAGUGUGAGUUUGAAUUUGCCGGACUCUCCUCCAAGUCUAUAUGUGAAGCAAGAGUCAAUUCUGAGCAGCUACGAUUUGACGGCACACUCCGCACCAUGGCACUGCCUUUCAGUGUCACUGUUGAUGCACUUGUCAACAGCGAUGGUGAAAUUAGAUUACGUGGGAAGCACACUGGACAGUUGUACAGCAAGUUGUUGGUUAAAGCCGAGCCUUUGGCUUUUGCGUAUUCACACGACAGUCGCAUGUCAACCACACAUUCCCUCUCAGGUGACCAGUCUUUCACUAGCGUGGACAACAAAUUAGACGGCCUGCUGAGCCCUGCCGAUCAGUACCUAAACUGGAAAGUGAAAUCUAAAAUCAACAACCAUGCCUAUAACCAAGAUAUCAGUACUUACAACAAUCCUCAAAAGACUGGUUUUGAAUUCUCAGGAGCAUUACUGACAGAUCUAUUCAGCAAGCUUUUAAAAGAAAAGAGCUCACCCCCAGAAAUUCAGGAGUUCAGCACCAUGGGAUUCCUCAAGUAUGACAAGAACAGCGACUGUCAUCUCGUUAGCAUUCCAUUUAUUGACAGCCUUCCUGCUGCAUUCGACAGAGUCAAAAAUACGCUUGUUAAAGCUCUGGAAUCAUUUCACCAGUUUAUUACAAAUCUGGAUAUCGAUGAGCUCAUCGUUGACUUUAGGGCCAAGUUAAAAGAGCUACCAAAAAAAGUAAGGGAUAUUAUGCAGAAAAUGGAUUUAGACCGCAAAGUAAAAGGAAUUAAAGACAAACUCGAUUAUUUUGUCAACGAGUUUUCCAUCACAGUCAAGGACUUGGAGCUCGGGAUGCAACAUUUCAGUCAGAACCUGGAAAAUAUGGUGAUAAAUGUCGCUACAAAAAUCAGAGACCUCAUCGUUACAGUCCAACACCAUAUUAAAGAUGGGGACUUUGGCGUGAAAGUAAGAGAAAUCCUCUCAAAGAUCGGUGAUCAACUUCAAGCCUUUGAUGACAAGUAUCAAGUCAAGCAGUCACUUGUCAAAGUGCUUCUUGCCCUGGAGGACAUUGUGCGACAGAUUGACCUGCAGAAGCUCACAGAUGUCAGUACGCAAUGGCUGCGAGAGCUGGACUCAAAGUAUGGAAUAAGAGACAAAAUAAAGGACAAACUCUCUGAAACAAAGAAGAAAAUCGAGAACUUUGAUGUUAAGAAAUCGUUCCAAGACUUGAGUCAUUUCUUCAACUCAAUGGAUUUGGCCAAGUAUGUUGAGCAGCUGCACUAUAGCAUUCCAACAUCAGAUAUAGCAGGAGUGAUUGAAUCUAUAAACGAUGUCAUAGUCAACUGGAUCGAUGAAUAUGAAAUCCCAGACAAAUUUAACGCCGUUUAUUUCUACAUCAGGGAUCUCAUUCUAAAAUACAAUCUCGAUGACAGAUUCAAGGAGCUCAUGGAUCAGGUCGUCGUUCUCAUCAAAGAUUUCAAAAUUCAACAGACUGUACAGUCGGUUGUGGAUGCUCUGAAGAGUGUCCAGUUUGAAUUUGUUUAUAAUAAAAUGAUGCAGUUCCUCGAGAGCAUUAACAGACGCCUUAGAAAUAUUGACUUUAAGAGAAGCAUUGAAGAGUUGAAUGAACAGAUGUAUUCAACACUGAAGUCACUGAAAGACUUUAACUACAGUGAAUUUGUGGAUAAGGCCAACGAGAAGAUGGCUGAACUGACAGACUAUAUUAAUGAACAAAUUAAAAAGUAUGAGGUGGUGCAGAAAGUGAAGGCUGUCAGGGAUUUCAUCAGAAAGCUCCAGAGUGACAUCUAUUCAUAUCUGGAGAAGCUCAGAAACACGAAGAUCGCAGAUGCCCUGAAGAAACUGGCAGAUUUGAUCGGGACUACAUUUUACAAUGACGUCAAGUUGAAAAUUCAGGAUAUGCUUGUGGAUAUGAAACAAAGAAUCCUUGACAUGGACGUCCGCGAGGAACUGUACAUUCACCUCCAAAGAUUCAGCGAGUCUUAUGGCAAUAUUGUGGCAUUCAUUAGAAAUCAGUUCCAGGAACUGAAAGGGAAGAUUACACAAAUAGUUAAAGACAGUGAUAUUAUAAACCAGAUUAUAGAAGCCGUUAUCACAACUCUUGACGCACUGAAAAAAUCAGAAAUUAAAAUUGGCUCUUUUACUGUACCGCUCACCGAUCUUGUUGUUCCGGCAUUUACAAUUAACCUUAACAAACUGCACGAAAUAAACAUCCCAUCCCAGUUCUCUAUUCCUGAAUUUACCAUUCUGAAUUCCUACACCAUACCUGCUGCAACAAUAGACUUUGAAGAGAUAAAAACAAAGAUUGUUGCGCUUAUAGAUGAUAUUAGAAAAUUUGAACUCAACCUGCCAGAUCCUGAGUUCAUCUUUGGUGAUGUAAAGGUUCUCUACCUCUUCCAGUUACCAGAUGUAACCUUUCCUGAAAUAACUCUUUCAGAAAUAACAUUGCCAACCAUCACUAUCCCCAAAUUAAAUGUCAAAGAUUUUGAAAUCACAAUGCUUCCAUUGCCAGAAGUCAAACUGCACAAGAUUACCAGUGACAUAUGCAUUCCAACCUUUGGUAAACUGAAUGGAGUAUUUAAAGUGAAGUUUCCACAUUAUACCCUCGUAACUACUGGGAAAAUUGAGAACUCCACAUCUUCAGCAAGAAAUCCACAGUUUUCAGCGUCCAUCCAUUCAGAUGUGAAAUCGUCCUUUGAACUCCUGGAAUACACACUUGACGCCACGGCCCAGUUAACUGCUCCCAGGAUGAAAAAGCUUCUUUUCACAGAAACAGUGAAAACUACACACAAGGCCUUCUCCGUGGACCAUGAAGGAUCAGUAUCACUUACUGGUUCUGCUGUGGAUUCUUCUGCCAGGACUGCUGCCAAGGCUACAACCUGUAUCUACACUGCUGAUUUGGUCAACAACGUAGCACUUUCACUGAAGGGUGGGAUCUCUGCAACUGUAGACACCACUUACAACCACAGCUUGGACCUGGCAUCAAAGAACUCUUCAUCUCAGAUGUCGCUGAAACAAAAUAUAGCAGCUACAGUGGAAUCAGGCAGGAUUGCAGUGACUGGAGAAACCAAUGGUGAUGGGAAGUGGUCCAUUCUAGACUAUUCUGACGAAGGCACACACAAAAGCAGUUUGGAUUUCAAACUGGAUUUGGACGCUGCCAGGCUUACUUUUGUAGGAGAGACUGACUGUAAGGCGCUGAAAUCCAAGAAAAUGUUGACCAUUGAAUCAGUCAGUUUAAGCCACAUAUCCAUCGAAGCCAGAUGUGAAAGUGAGAUUUUCUCAUUUAAGAAAAGUCUAAUGGUUUUAAAUGCAGGUGCCCAUAUUGGUGACUUAAAAGUUGCAUUAACAGCUUCUCAUGAUUCUGAAUUUACCGGCUGUAUGACUGGCUCCAUGUCCAACUCACUGGAAUUCAAGGCCCAUCCUUUUGAAACUGUAUUGGAUUUUAGGAACAAAGUUACCUCAAAGAUGUUGUUACCACUUAAACUGACAGGAAGGCUAGAUCUGGUGCAUGAUUGUGGAGUCAUAGUCAACUCUGAAAAGCAGCGAGCUAGUUGUUUGGUUUUGGCAAAAUUUAACCAGUACAAGUACCAUCAUAACUUCACAGCAGAAAAUAAUGACAGGGAGAAAUUCUUUCACUCAUCAGCCUCAGGAGAAGCUAAUCUGGACUUUAUGACGGUUCCACUCUCUGUACCCAGUAUAAAAGUGCCUUACUUUGAAAUCACACUCCCAGAGGUUAAAGAUUUCUCGCUGUGGGAAAAUGCUGGACUCAAACACUUGUUGAUUACACCUCAACAGUCAUUUGAUAUGAACCUGAGGCUUCAUUACUACAAGAAUCCUGAUGUGCACAGUAUUGAAUUUCACCUUGGACCAGUCUACAGUACAAUCAAGGAUCAAGCCGUGUGCAUCCAGGGUAAAUUUGAACAAUGGAGAGACAAAGUAGUGUCGCUCCUGAAGGAUUCAUACAACCAAGCAAAAUCACAGUACAUCAAGCACAAAAUUGACACGGCAAGCCUACCUCCCAGAAUCUUCACGGUGCCUGGAUACAAAAUACCCAUACUGAAUAUUCAUGUUUCUGCAUUCAGAGCAGAGAUGCCAGCUUUCAGCUACUUUGUUCCUAAAGAGGUUAAUACGCCCAGCUUCAAAAUCCCCGCCCUAGGUUUCCCUGUGCCUUCCUACACUCUGGUGCUGCCGUCACUGGGAUUCCCUGUUAUCCAUGUUCCAGAAAUGUUAAAUGAACUAGAGCUGCCAACUGUCACGUUACCAGCUGUGCAGAACAACAUUGAGAUUCCAGUCUUGGGCAACUUAACCUAUGACUUCUCCUUUAAAUCACCUUUGGUUACAGUAAGUGCCAAUGCUGGCCUUUACAACCAGACUGACAUUGUUGCUCGUUUUGGUGCCAUUUCCACCUCUGUCUUUGAUUUUCUCAAUGGUAAGUUUGACGGCACAAGUACUUUGACCAGGAGCCGAGGAAUGAAACUGUCUUGCGCUUGGACACUGAAACAUGACAACGUGGAGGCAAACCACGGGUGUGCUGUCAGCCUCACAAAGAGAAGCAUGGAAGCCUCUGUGUCAGACACAGUUAAUAUCAAUCUACCUUUCCUUAAUGUUGAGUUUAAACAUGAGCUUACUGGAAAUAACAAUGCUAAGCCCAACCUAGCAUCCAAGAAGAAACUUAGUUACAUGUUUAACAUUCCUAUCAUUGAGGCUCUAGGCAAAGGAAAUCUUGACACAAACUGGGAACUGGAGGCUCUUUCCUCCCAUUUAUCUCUGGACACAUCUACCCAUGGAGAGUCCGACAUAGCCGUAUUGGGAGGUUAUACUUUUGCUGGAGACCUUGACAAUAAGGCCAAUUUCUACCUCAGCGCAAAUGGUCUGCGUUCAACCGUCGGGACGGUCUUAAAUUCCCUGAUUAGUAAACCGGAAAAGAAGAAACGCAGCACAGACAAUGGCGCAUUAGAAUUUGAUGUGAACAACAGCCUCGUCCUGGAGGUUUCCCUGAGUCGCGUCUAUGCAACAGUUGAUUAUUUGAGCAAAAACAACGUUGGAUUUGCAUUUUUUAGCACAAAUGGAAGACACAGUGUUAAAGGAGAACUAGAAAUUGUUCCUUUAGUAACCUCCAAGAUGACCUUAGACAUUGAUGCAAGCCAGCCCAGUAGUUUGGGUCAGGUUGGACUCAGGCAGAACAUCAACCUGGCCAUGAGCUCAGAGAAGCAGUCACUCACCUGGACUUGUCAGGAACAGCUGUCGUCUCUGGUCCAUGCUUGUGAUUUCCUGGUUUCCAGUGAUGAAUCUGAGGUACGCAUGGAUUUGACGGAGUCAGUUCAAGGCCACCUCGGUUUCCUGAAGGCAGUAAAGCUGCCUGUGUAUCAGAAGAGCCUCUGGGAUGUCUUCAGAUUUGACCAGGUCACAGAUAAGGAUGACUUACAAUUCCUCAACAUAUCUUACAGCAUUGUAUACAUGAAGUCCAUGGACGGACAGGAGUACAGUCUUCCAUACAAUCUACUUGAAAAUGGAAUUUCUUUUGGCAUUACUGAGUUACAUCUUGGUGUCCCAACCUGGUUUGAAAAGAUUUUAAAUUCUCUCAGUCACAUUGACAUGCGACUGGAGCCUUCUGACGACCCUGACCAUCUCACUCUACCACCUUCAAUCUCAAUUCCAGCCUUGGAUUUACCGUUUACUACAUUGCACGUUGAGCCAUUUACAAUCGACCUAAAGAACAUUGUGAUUCCAAAGGUGAUCACCACCGCCGCUUUUGAAAUCCUGCUGCCUGGAUUGCCAGUGGUAUCUGUGCCCAGCUACAAUAUUAACACAGAGUACCAUAAAGGAAAAAUGUCCUUCCUUUCACUGAAGGUGCCACGGUCCGAUAUCACAGUCUCAUCGUUCAGUCUCCCAAAAGAGUUCGCCAUUGGACGACACACCGUCAGUUUCAAGGAAGUGACACGUUCGGUCUUAAACUUUGAACAUCCAACCAUUACAAUUCCAGAACAAAACAUUGAAGUCCCUAACAUGGCCCUACAUUUACCUCUGAGUGUGUUUAUCCCAACAUUUGGAACACUCAGUACCACGGUGAAAGUUUCCUCCCCAAUUUAUAACGUGUCAGUAACGUCCAGUCUGGAGAAGAAAGACACCAACCUCGUGACUUCUCUGAAGUCCGUCUGCACAUCGACCAUGGCUUUCUUGGAACAUGACCUUUCUGCCGAUGCUACAUUUGGUUUUGAAAACGGAAUUAAUGUGAAUGGAAAGAGCAAUUUGAUUCACAAUGAUGUAAAUGUCCGCUGGCAACAUGCUUUGGUACAGAACCUGAGAACAAAACGUCAAACUCCUCCUUCUGAUUUAAUGGAUUCUCAUCAUACUCUCAGUGUUGACAUCACCAGCCAAACCUUUACUGACGUCAGCUUCCGCUUCACAUCUCGCAAAGAAGGUCUCACUGCAUCCAUAUCUUCUCCAUCAUCUGGUUUCCUGGCACUACACCUGCAGCAAAGGCCUUCAACACAGCUCAGUGCAAAACUGUUCUGUCGCUACCUGGCUAAGGAGAUGGAUAUUUUAAUUACCAAAGCUACGCUGAAGAAUUCACGCAACUUAAUUGUUCAAAUGUCCUGGAAUUGGGACUUCCUCCAUGAUGCCAUAGAGGGGACCAAAGACAGAGUUCCUGCCAUGAAUGAUGCUGUAUUCAAGGUCGUCAACAAAUACCACACUACCCACUUUGGCUUUUCCCUCAAUCGAGGCAGCUUAAAGUUGAAAAACGCACUGUCAAAUGUCAUAGACAAAGCUUACAGUGAGGUUCUGGUGAUUCUCAACUCACUGCAGGAUUCAGUCCAACAGCUGGGAGAUGAAGGGACAGAUAUGUACAGAGAGGCUUCUCAGUGCCUGAAGUCUUUUAGUGUGCAGAGGUUUAUAGACAAACUUAUAUUCAAGGUCAGAAAAGUCUUGAGGGACAGUGAAGACAAGAUUGGAAUUGCUUUGGAUUUUGGCAGUGAUUUCUUAAAGGAAGCACUAUUUACAACUCCUGAAGAGAGAAUACCACUACUGGAUGAAGCGUGGUCUGAAACAGAAGCCAUCGACAGGGCAAUCCAAAUGUUUGUCAACCUCUUGAAGAGGAUUUCUAAAUUCAUCAGAGAAAUUCAGUUUACUAUACCUGGAACUGAAGUUACUGUUGAUGGAAACAAGAUCCUAAAGAAGCUGGAGAGUUCCACAGAAGAUGUCUCUGUCUGGCUGAGCCUAUCACUGCGCAGGACAUUUCAUUUCAUAAAUGUACAUGUGGUCACCAACCUCAUACAGGUGUUUGCUGAAGGAGCAGAGAAGAUCAUCACGUACGUGAAAAACAAUGACAUGUGUUCUCGUGUCGUCCAGGUCUAUGCAGAUUUACUGCAGUCAUCAAAACAGUCCAUUGAAGGAGCAAAGACAGAUAUAGUGGAGUACAAAGACCUGACUAAGCUAAAUCUACAAAAGGCUUAUAAUGCAAUAACAACUGAAAGUGUGAACAACAGCACCAUAGAGGUGAUUGAUAUUCUGCAGUCACAUCUUUACGGAGGAUUGAAUGAAUUUGUAGAUGUAAUGAGACAGGCAUCUGAGAAGACAGCACCAUACAUUAGAGUGAGCACAAAAAAGGUCGACAUGGAAAUCCCUCUACCGUUCAGAUGGAAGUCCUUCAGCCAGUGGCCAACACAGUAACUCUGGCAUCUCUCAUGAAUGUAAUGAAAAUGUGAAAUGACAUUGAUAAUUAAAGGGCUGCUGUAAUUCA